CGCACACGAUGAGAGGUUCUUACAGGAGGCUCGCGGCUGCCGUCCACCUCCGAGCCGAAGUACUGCUUUUCGAUAAGACUGUAAAUUAGAAUCGGUCGGUUGUUUCACGAAAACGUGAAAAGGUAUGACAAGUUUGCCGAGCAUGGCUGUAAUACUUCGUUUACAGGGUCUGAACGUUGAAGCAGGAUCUGGAGACAUUCGCAAAUUCUUUCAUGGCUUGUGCAUCCCUGACGGUGCGGUGCAUAUCAUUGGUGGCAAGUUGGGAGAAGCUUUCAUUAUAUUCACUAGCGAGAGAGAUGGCCAACUAGCCAUCCGGCAAUCUGGGAAACUCCUCAGAGGAUCUACCGUCACCCUUCAUAUCAGCAGCUUUGCUGAACUAAAACAUAAAAUGACGAUGCAGUUAAAAAAGCAAAAAGGCAGUUCUGUGGCAAAAAACCCAGCGCCCAAGACAGCAGUUACGCAUUCAGUGAAACUGUGUGAACAUCAGAUAAGGGGAGAAGAGAUCAGGUCCUCCAAACCAGGUUAUCUUCGCCUUUAUGGAUUUCCUAACACGAUCACCAAGCAGGAGAUCUACAACUUCCUUGGUGCGCUGUCUGUGUUAGACGUUAUGGUGAAUGUUUUUCAAGGUCGUGACCAGUGCUGUCUAGUGAAGGUGGUGAGUAUUGAGGAGGCUGAGAGAGGCCUGAAGUACAGCCGCAUAACCCAGCUGGGAUCCAGCAUUCAGGUCAGGCUGGCCCACGAGAGGCUGUGGACAAAUGCUGUGGAGGAAUGUGAAAAAACCCAGACUCCCACAUCCUCGGACCAGGAGAGGCUCUCUCCUGAAUUGCAUUCAGGUAAAAGGCGCCUGGAAGACCGAUUGAUUGCUGGCUCUCCAAAACAGCACUGCUCAGAAGACAGGUUGCUUCCUGGCUCUCGGAGACGCCAUUGUGCAGGUACCAUGGUCUUUGUUACAGAGUACUGUGUCAUGGUGCAGAACCUUCCCAAGAACAUCACCAAAACUGAGAUAAGAGGCCUGUUUUCAUGUCCAAACAUUCCGAAUAACAAAAUCAUCCAUGUGUUGAAUAAGUGGGGGGAAAGGACACCCACCGCCUUCAUUGUGUUUUCUCACCCUGAGGGUUAUGCUUCGGCCAUGAACAUGGACGGUAGCCUCUUUGGCACCAAACCUAUCAGUGUAUCAUCUAUUACUAAGGAGAAAAUGAGGGAAAUAUUGCACAAGAACAAACUGGCCAAUAUGGCAUCAUCUAACGCUCUCACUACCCUGUCUUACAUCUAUGCUCGGAAUUUCCCUGCUGAUGUGAGCAAAUUGGAAGUGAGUGACUUUUUUGGCGCGUACGGCGUCUGCGAAUGGAACGUCACGCUGCUGGAGGACAACGGCCGCGGAAUCGGGGAGGCGGUCGUGCAGCUGCCGUGCGAGCAGAGGGCCAGGGAUGCCCGGCAGGCCCUGAACGGCAAGCUGUUCAUGGGAGAGCAAAUCCUGCUUGUGUGUGUUUCACCACAGCAAACCAAGGCCAUCCUGCACAAAGCAUAAUGAACUGGGGGCUGGGGGUCGGAACGCUCCACUAAGUGUUUUGUCUGUACUUUUGAUUUUUAUUUUUCCCACCAAUGACAUCACUGGUUAAAAGGAGGACAUGCAUGUACAUAAAAGACAGAUGUGGCGUUUGACCACAAGCUCCACCGAUUUCAAAUGUGAAUGUAUGAAUUGCAGUUUAGCCUGCAUGAAAUGUCCAUAAUGUCUUCCUUGUCAGACAGCUGGAUAGAGGUGAUUAUUGCACUAUUGAAGUGAAACGGGGUUUCUCGGUCCAGUCCGCAGGCGUUCCCAGACAGUUAAUGUUUUGGCUCAAUCCCGUCUUCCAGUGUGACUGAACCAAGCCAUGGAAAUCCCAGAACGCCUGGUACAGUAUUUGGGAAUUGAGGCAGAGCAAAACUGAAGUGUCUGGAGGAACUGGAUUGUACAAAAAAAAAAAAUGCCUGUACAACAAUUGCUGACUGCUUUUCGAAGUUUUGUAAAAGUGGCAAAGCAAUAUAACAAUAUUAGCCUUGGCCAAUAUAUCAUGAUUGUUAAACAUUAACACACAAUAAAACAACUGGGAAAAAUGGGCCUUGUGAUGUGACCUUUGUAAGUCAUCUUGGCCUAAUGAGGUGUAUAGAAGUAUGUAUGAGGUCUUUGGUCAAUGGAAGCAUGGGUGAGGGUCUGAUGAUCCACAUGGCAGAAAAUGACCAGGUAGGGAUGUCUAUUCUGCAAAUGGCGACAGCCUGAAUCUUGAACACUGUAACACAUCUGUCUUUACUAACAGAUUGUUGAAGUGAUUGAACAAGUUACAAAACCUGUUUUAUGUCUCAUCUCAACUAAUUGUUUAGCUUUAAAAAGCUGCUCUGUCGAUGUAGUACAGAAGUCACGCAAAUGCUGGACUUGAGCGGAAGUCGGAUGAGAAAGCCCUACACCCGUUAGUCAUCAGUCCCCUCCCAUGCUUUGGUUAAGGAUGUCUAAACAUGAUUUAUGAGCCAUAGCACAAUAGAGAAGAGAGGGGAAAAAAAAUACAACAGACUGCUAAUAGUGAUGAACUAAAAUA